UAAACCCGCAACCGUUAUGAAUGCGACGAUCUCUAAACAAAACGUAAACUCGUAAUUUCUGUAUCGUGCUUCCGUACACUUUCGUAAUGAGUAGAUACGCAUUUGUAUACCGUCCUAGAGACUCGUGCAAACAGUAGUAGGAUAGUAGGUUUAUCACAUUAUUUGUUAAAUAAAGGUUACGAACGAAUCUUGAAAAGUUUGGCGUGCACGCGAAACGAAAUGUAUCGUUCAGUAUUGUCAGAUUACAUCGAGUUCGUUUACGAGAUUUGUAUAAUUACUGUCAUACGUGUAGUCUAGUCCUAGUCGAUACGAUAAGCAUCAAUUAAACGGGUUAAAGUCGAAGGUCCUUCGCAAGUUACAAAUGAAAAACAAAAAUGGAUUUCGAAUGUAGAGAGAAAGAGUUCCAGGAACGUUACAAAAAGAUUUGUGGAAAGGGGCGAUUAUCUUCGAAAUAUGAGACUCAAGAGGAAGCAAAAACAGAAACAGCUGGAGCUGGGGGUGUUGGAGCAUCCACAAAAGAGAAGGAGAAGUUGGAAAAGGAGCUGAAUACAGCAAAAUUUGAUCUGGCUGUGAUAAGGAAGAGCUUAGGCAGUAACAAGAGUGCCCUUGACAUAGAAAUGGAUAAUUCCUCUAAAGAUACGUCCUCUUCCAUGUUCGAGUUUAAAUUUCGUAAGCAUCAUUCAGCGCAGUCUGACAAAUUUUCUAAGGAGAAAAGCGAACUGGAAGCACAAUUGGAUAAUAAGAAGAAGGAACUCCAAGAAAAACAGAAAAAAAUAUUUGAACUUCAAGACAAAGUCAGCCAAAUGGCAUGUUUAGAAUCUCAACUUGAGGAAAAAACAAAGAGAUUGGAAGUAUUUAGUAAAGAGAGAGAGAUAUUGGAAAGAGAAUUAAUUGCAACAAGGUCAGAACUAAAUGGAAUAAAGAGAACAUUAGAGCUGGAACGCCAAGAAAGAAGAGAUUUAGAAACCAGGGCUCUUAGUUUAAUAAAAGAUGCAAAACGUAAAUGGGAAAAUGCAGAGAGGGAAAAAGUUGCACAACUAAAUAAACACAUUGAAGCUCAAACCACAAGAAUUACAGAAUUAUGCACGAGCAACAAUGAGAUGAGCUCAAGGUUACAGAGAACAGAAUGUGAGCUUCAAACUACAAAUGCAGAAUUAUAUAAGCUUAGGGUAUUUCAGAUGCAAUAUAAAGAAUCUCUAGCUAAGACUAGAGAACUUAGUCGUCAAAGCGUCCAGGGUGUUGAAACUAAGCUAGAGGAAAUAGCUACACGAGCACACAAUCAGCUAGCUGAACUGAGAGCAAAGUUAGAUUUAGAGUCAGCAAAAAAUACAGAUUUAGAGGCUAAGCUAAGAAAUGAACAAGAUUCCUACCACUGUCAUCUUUCAAGAUUAAAUGUUGCUUUAGAAUUAGCGCAAAACGAAUUAAAAGACUGUCAGGAACAGUUGCGCAGCAUACAAGCUACGAUACCGGCGAGGGACGCCGAAAUAGAAACUUUAAAAACACAAUUGCAAGAAAGAUCAAAGCAAUUAGACAAUGUUACUGUAUCGGAACAAACGGUGUCCGCAAUGCAACAGCAAUUGGAGAGGUCACAGCUUGAGAAUGAACAGCUGAAGCAACAAUUAGAAGUAAUGAAGUCCGACCUGAGCGAAACUGUGAUGAAUUUGGAACAGAGUGAAGCUCUUGCCAUGAAUUUGGAACAAGCCGCGCAAGACAAAGCUGCGCUACAGAAAAGGUUACAGGAUUCUCUUGAAAAAGAAGAGGUGCAUAUGCGUAAAGUUGGUGAUUUAGAAGAAUUACUGCGGCGCUUAGAACGUAGCGUUACCAAAUUGGAAGUAGAAAAUGCUACUCUUAAAACUGAAACCAUACAACCAUGUACCAGCACGGUGCCCAAAAGAGAAUCGAGCACAUCCAAUACUCAUUUACAAGAACAAAUACAAAAGCUAGAACAGGAACUUCAAACAAUGCGAGAAAGUAUAAACGCGGAACGUCAAACAGCGAAGCAAGCGCAGAUCAGUUUAUGGAAAAAAGAGAAGGAAUUAUCGGAUGCAAAUUUAGACAAACGAAUUGCGUUGAGAGAGAGCAAAAGGGCGGAGGAUAAAAUCAAAACGUUGCAAAAAGAAAAUCAAAAAUUGUCAGAGAAGUUGGAUCAUAAAAUUAAAGAAGAGGAAGAGAAGUCUAGGAGGUUGCUUAAAGAAUUAGAUAGCGCGAAGGCAUCAUUGAAUGAGAUAACAAAGGAAUCCUCUAGAAACCAAAUGCAAGCAGAUUCCGCUCAGAGAACCUUGACUCAGGCUAACCGUCAAAUGGAAGAGCUUCAAUCUUCAAGCGCUGCACUACGCAGAGAAUUAGACUCAGCGCGCAAACAAGCAAGAACAAGUCAAGACAAGGUCGACAGUUUGAAUACCGAGAACAGACGUUUGGCACAAAAGGUUGCGAAACACUCCGAAGAAAAGAGCGAAUUGGAAACCAAGAUAGAAAAGCUGGAGCAAGAAAUUAAGGGCAACGAGUUGAACAUCGAACUUCUGAAAGAAACGUGCACAGUACUCGAGGAGCAACUAAUGGAUUACGAGAGGUUGACGAGCGAUCACGAAACGCGGGAGAACAUACUGAUUCAAGAUAAGAUGAAGCUACAAAAAGAUUUGGAAGCGGUCGAAGCAAAACUACGCGAAUCGCGAGCCGCUCAGAACCAAGAGAAAUCUUUGCGUCUAUCAGCGGAACGUAAUUUAGAGAGACUCGAGUCAGAGACCAGCGAUAUAGAGAGCGAGAAGAACAGCUUGAUAGCUCAGAGGGAUCAGUAUAAAAGGCUUGUGCAAGAACUGAGUGCUCAAGUAGAGGAGUUGACAACUAAAUGCGGCGAACUGGAAUGCGAUCUCUCCGAAAUGAAGCGUACAUUAGAGAUGGCUAAGGCUGAGGCAAGAAUGGUCAAAGAAGAAAGCAGUCAGCACUUGACGAGAUUUCACGAAUUGAAGGAAGCGAACUUCGCGCUUAUGAAUGAUCUACAGAACAGCGUAGACCAAGGCCAAGAGCUUCGGAUGAGGAUUGCGGAGCUGGAAAGCAUUUUGGAAGAAAUGCGACAGUUCUACCAGGAAAGGGAAGUGAAGGCUGAAAGCACCAGGCAACAGCAGACAAAAUUGAUAGAUUACUUGCAGUUCAAAUUGGAGGAAUGUAGUAAGAAGAAGAAGACGGUAUGCGACAAGAUACUUGGCACUAAACAGAAGGAAAAUGUACCACCUAUGGGAACGGGAAUGCCUGUCGGUUACAGGGAGUUAGAGAACCAGCUGGCGAAAGAGCGAGCGAAAGUUAAAACAUUGACCGAACAGUUGUUGGCGCUGAAAACAAUGCACGCUUCGACCUCUGCACCCACGUCUCCUACAGCACCAGAGAUGAGGAGUGCUCGUUACGCGACAGAAAAGUCGAUCAGUUCGUUGUCCAAACGGUUGUCGCCCCAGAGGAUGGGGCACAACAUUCCUCAUCGAUUCGAAGUGGGUCUACCAAUGCGGGCAGGAAAGUGUUCCGCCUGUUUGGAUUCCAUUCAGUUCGGUAAACGCGCCGCUAUUUGCAGCGAAUGCCAGGUAAUGACGCAUCUGAAAUGUGCGGUUACCGUUCCAGCCACUUGCGGCUUGCCGGGUGGUUUCGCCAAACAGUUUGGCAAAAGUUGGAGGAACAGUGACGAGAGCUUGUCCACGUUGUCUGGAAGCGUUCAAACAUUAGCCAUCGAUCAACCGGAUAAGCCAGACAGAGAUGUAUGCGAUGUCCCAAGUAAGAAAGACGACGUAACCAUGGAAGGCUGGAUAAAGCUCCCGGAACGCUCAAAGACCUGUUGGGAAAGAAAGUACCUCAGAUUAGAAGGAACGUGUUUAUGUACUUAUGAACAUCAGCCAUCUUUCGGAAUGUCGCCCGUGAAUCGCUUGGAUCUGACUGACAAGGAUGGAUUCACUGUAAUGGAUACUGUACAGCAACCGGAUGUAAUGGGAACAGCUAAGUCGGACAUACCGUUUAUCUUCAGAGUGGAAUCUAAUUCACCGACUACCUGUUGGCCAACGUUUCGAUUAGAUGUAAUGGCUUUGAGUCAGACCGAUAAAAAGAAUUGGUUGAAGGCGUUGAAGUCUGUUACUAGUCAAAAUCGUUCGAGUAACAUUCAUAAAAACGAGAGAUAUCAAAUUAUAUUAAGAUUAGAAAGAAAUCAAUUGGAUUUAAAUUGCGCUGUAAAUUUGCCCGAAGAAAAUGUGCUUUUGCUGGGCGCUGAAGAAGGUCUGUUCUCUUAUUGCGGCGCGAAGUCACGGAUGCUCACUGCGAUUCGCGGAGUGAAGAGGGUGCAUCAAUUAACAGUAUAUCCUCACUUGGACAUAGCUUUAAUGAUAGCUGGUGAAAAUAGGCAAUUAGUAUCUUGUAAUCUAAGGCAAUUGAAGAGCAAUGCAGUAGCUGCCGAGUGCUCUAUGCCAGCAAUCAGUACAACACCAGUUCUAACUGGCAGUGACAGUUGUCAUUUGUAUCAAUUGCAAGGGGACAUGCUUUGCGCAGCAACAGCAUCCCAUGUAAUAUUACUUAAAUGGCACGACGAAGAGGACUCUGGGGAAUUUGUUGGAGUUCGAGAACUUGAAACACACGAGCCAUGCAGCUGUGCCAUAUUUACUCAGAACGUCCUUAUCGUGGGAUGUAAUAAAUUCUUCCAAAUAGACCUUAAAAAUUACUCUGUCGAUGAGUUUCCAGAAGAAGACGAUAGUUCUGUAAAAGCCGCACUAUCGGGAGUAGCUAACCUUGGUAUUUUCCCUGUAAGUGUUUUGAACGUUUCCCUAGUACCUAGAAAAGUAGAGCUUUUGCUUUGCUACAACGAGUUUGGAAUGUUUGUGAAUGAAAACGGUCAAAGAACUCGAAGCGUUGACCCGACGUGGAAUCAUUUACCCUUUGCUUUUGCCUUCCGUAAACCCUAUUUGUUUAUUAUUCACUUCUCGUCCGUGGAGAUCGUGAAACUCGAUCAAGAGUCGUACACUUCGCCGACGAAGAAUCCAGAACGAGCAUUAAUCGAGUUGUCUAGCCCACGUUAUUUGGGAGUGGCUGGUUCAAAAGGAAUUUAUUUAGCGACUGCAAACUCCUUUUUAGAAUUGUUGAAGAUAAAUGGUCCUUUCAAUAUACCCGAACUAAAUGGCAGUCUUACAAGUUUGGACACUUUAGAUCAAGACGACGAAAGCAGUUCAGAAUUUAGUUUCACAUCGAGCUUAAUGGAGGCUUUAGACAAUCAAGGAAAAAAAGUACAUUUCGCUGAUGUUUCCAAGUAUUAAAAUACCUUGAUAUCGAUCGUAGUAAACCUUUUGUGUAUCCUUGAUAUGGUUGUAGGAAUCGCAAAAGAAUUGAGAUCAAGACUGCAAAUAUUUAAUAACCAUUAAGGAAAGUGAGUCAUAAUGAAAACAAUGCAGGCGAAACUUAUGUAGAUUUAAUUUAAUUUAUACAGACUUGCUGAUGCAUAAUCUCUGCUGUAAUGCAUAAUCGGCGAAUGUACUCAAAUCUUUGGAUCGUGAAAAAGUUUUUUUUUUUGCGUAUUUACUUUAUAUUUAGUUAGAUUUUAUUUUUUCCGUUCAUUUUGUUUUUGAAAGGAUCGCAAAGUCAGAUCUCAAACGUUUGCUAUGACGAAGAAUUUUUACGGUACUACGUAGUAUUAGUUCACCAAAUUUGAUAUAUUUAUUAUACAUACUGCAAAAGUAAUUUUUUACUUUCUACGAGCUUGUCUGUCUUGGACUAAAUAUUUCCUAUUUCUACGAAAACAUUUGAAAUAGAUAUUUAGUACUAGCGACUAUAUCUAGGCAUAAAUAUUGUACUAAUGAUAUUAAUAAUAUUAUUAAAGAAAUAUGAUUACUGUGACAAUAAUAUAUUCUUGACAUUAUGUCAAUCAAAUUUAUAUAAUAUUUUAGUUAACAAUACUACUAUUGUCCAAACAAAAAUUUGUACAGGGCAAAUGUAUCUAACGACAAUAUAUCUUGAUACUUAAAUAAACGGUAAUAAUAAUAGUUACCAAACCAA